AUGGAUACUUUACAAGGAAAGCCUUCUUCCUCGGCGCUACCUACGAGGUGGCUGCCAUCUGUUUUGAGGCAACAUGGCUGCCUCUGGCCUCUGGUGAAGCCCAAGAUCAUCAAAAAGAGGACAAAGAAGUUCAUGAGGCACCAGUCAGACCGAAAUGUCAAAAUCAAGCGAAACUGGCGGAAACCCAGAGGUAUCGACAACAGGGUUCGGAGAAGAUUCAAGGGCCUGAUCCUGAUGACCAACAUUGGUUAUGGGAGCAACAAGAAAACUAAGCACAUGCUGCCCAGCGGCUUCCGGAAGUUUCUGGUCCACAAUGUCAAAGAGCUGGAGGUGCUGCUGAUGUGCAACAAGUCUUACUGUGCUGAGAUUGAUCACAAUGUGUCCUCCAAGAACCGGAAAGCCAUCGUAGAAAGAGCAGCACAACUGGCCAUCAGAGUGACCAAUCCCAACACCAGGCUGCACAGUGAAGAGAAUGAGUAGAUGGCUUGUGUCCGUGUUUUAUUUGUAUUUAAAAUAAAACCACAAAAACUGCCAUCUUGAUAAAAAUAAAAAAAA